GUCAUUCUCUUUCAGGUUCUUCCGUUCUUCGUCGCUGGCGUCUCACCCUCCUUUCUAACUUGUCGAUCCAACCACACCCUUCGGUCCGCUCACACAUAUUCACCAUGGUCUCCUUCAAGUCUUUCGCUCUGCUUUCCGUCUUCGCCACCCUUGCCGCGGCUGCGCCCGUGCGUCGGGAGGUCCCCCAAGAGCACUCCCACGAGGCUAUCCUUCGGGCAGUCCGCACGACCCUGAACCUCAACAACCCCGCCAAAAUCCAGGACCCCGUGUUCUCGCUGCUCGGUGACGCUGCCGCGAAGGCCGGUGCUGGAACCAUCACCGACCUCGCCUGCUUCCAGCAGGCCGUUGCCGACCAGGCCUUCACGAACGCGAAGGCGGCCAAGGACGUCGACGGCAUGGUCAACGCGCUCAUCUUCCGCGCGAUCGAGCGCAACACCGGCGGCGUCGGCGUGAAGAGCGCGCUCUGCACGCAGACCGCGGUGAACCCCGAGAUCGCGGCGCUCACGCAGCACCAGGACCCGGCGUCGGACGGCGCGGCGGCGACGAACAAGGCGAUCACGCUCGAGCUCGCGAAGCAGAUCGCGUCCGUCGGCGGGGACCCGCAGGACGCGAUCAAGUCCGGCACGUUCGCGCCUGGGAGCAAGACCGACAACACCGGCAAGGGCAACUCGUGCGACGACGCGAACGAUGCGGCGGGUUGCAUCUUCACGCAGAACCUGCUCGUCGCCGACGCGACCGCGGACGAGAUCACCGCCGCCGUGGCCGGUGUCUCCGCCAGCUCUGGCACCGCUACGUCCAGCUCGGGCACUGCUACGACCACUGACUGCGCGGAAGAGACCGUCACCGUCACCGUGACUGCUACCGCCACUGCUGCUGCCGAUGCUACCGCCACCUGCGCGCCCCCUAGCUCGACGGUUACCGUCACUGUUACCCCCACGGCGACUGCCAAGGCUUAGAGAACGUACUUGACCCUACUUGGUGAUGAUUGCUGCUAUACGGAAGGCUGCUGACGCCAUACCUCCUUCCGGCGCCCACUUUUUUUUUUCUUCUCUCCUUCUAUGGGUGUACCUUUGGCAGCAAUGUGUGUAUUCUUCCCUUUCAUGGUCCGGGUGUUCUAGGUUGUAUCGAUAUUUUUUGACUUGCUCGGUCUUUUUGCAUGCUUGUACCUCGCUCUCUUGCAAUUCCAAACCUCGAGCUUCGCGCUCUCCCG